UUUUCUUUCUUUUUAAUCUCACAUUUUCUUGAUUAGGGUUCUGCUUAAACAUGUAGAGAGUGGGGAUUCAGUAAUUAGGGCAUUGCCAAUUUCACCCCAAUUUUAGGAAGCUUUAAUCUUUUCAGCAUUUUGGGUUUUGAAAUUUGAAGUUACUAUUUAUAUGGGUGGUAUGUUUCUUGAUCAAUAGUUUUGUUAAAAGUUGUAGUCUUUGAUCGAUGUGUAAGUUGGUAAUUGAGAAAGAGUUGUGCUUUCUUUUGAUCAUGAUUAUCAAAAUCGAAUAGGUUAUUGUAUUGUGUGUAGUAAGUAAAACUGAAUCAAGCAUGAGUAGAAGAGUGCGUAGAAAGGUUGUUAGGAGGGGAGUAGAGAAAGUCGAUAUCGUCGAAAAAGACGAGCUCGAUUGGACUAGGUUGCCCGAUGAUACAAUGAUUCAGCUUUUCUCUCUCCUGAACUAUCGGGACCGUGCUAGUUUAUCCUCUACAUGCCGAACAUGGCGCACCGUCGGUAAAUCGCCGUGCUUGUGGCAAGAAUUGGAUCUCCGGGCCCACAAAUGCGACCCCACCGCCACCUCGUCGCUCGCUUCUCGGUGUAAGAAUCUCCAGAAGCUUUAUUUCCGAGGCCCCGAUUCGGCCGAUGCUGUAAUAAGCCUUAAAGCCAAGAAUUUGAAAGAGAUUAGCGGUGAUUCUUGUAGGAAAAUGACCGAUUCGACCCUGUGCGUGCUCGCGGCUCGCCACGAAGCUUUAGAGUGCCUUCAAAUCGGACCGGAUUUCUGCGAGAGAAUCAGCAGCGACGCUGUAAGAGCGAUCGCGAUUUGCUGUCCUAAACUGAAGAAGCUUCGGAUCUCGGGGAUUCAAGAAGUGGAUGCUAGUGCAAUCAAUGCCUUGGCGAGGAAUUGUCCUAAUUUGAACGAUAUUGGACUUAUCGACUGUCGGAAGGUGGACGAAGCUGCUUUGGGGAACAUCGCUUCGCUUCGGUUUCUCUCUCUCGCGGGGUCCACCAACAUGAAAUGGAGCUUGUUCGUGCUGCCUCAUCUAAUCGGCUUGGAUGUUUCUAGAACAGACAUUAGCCCGAGUAACGUUUCGAGAUUCUUCUCGUCGUCACUCAGCUUGAAGGUGUUGUGCGCGUUGAAUUGUCCUUUACUCGAAGCGGACCCCACUUUCGUCUAUAAUAACUAUAACCAUAAAGGUAAAGUGCUAGUUUCCAUCUUCAGCGACAUUCUUAAAGAGAAUGAAACUAAUAUUUUCCUGCAUUGGAGAAAUUCGGAGAAGGAUAAGAGAUUGGACGAGGUUUUAAAUUGGUUGGAGUGGAUUGUGUCGAAUUCGCUUCUACGUAUUUCCGAGAGCAAUCCACCUGGAUUGGAUAACUUCUGGCUCAAGCAAGGUGCGCCUUUGUUGCUUAGCCUUGUGCAGAGUUCGAACGAGGAGGUUCAAGAAAGGGCAGCUACGGCUAUUGCAACUUUUGUAGUGACCGACGAUGAGAGCGCGAGUAUCGAUCCUUUACGAGCUGAAGCGGUUAUGCAGAAUAACGGCUUACGCCUUCUCCUAGAUCUUGCUCGAUCUUGGCAUGAGGGUCUUCAAUCCGAAGCUGCUAAGGCCAUUGCAAAUUUAUCGGUGAAUGCUAAAGUUGCGAAAUUUGUGGCUGAAGAAGGCGGCAUUGGCAUUAUCGUAAAUCUUGCUAGGUCUGUUAAUCGAUUGGUCGCUGAAGAAGCUGCUGGAGGAUUGUGGAACCUCUCCGUUGGUGAAGAGCACAAGGGUGCUAUUGCCGAAGCUGGUGGAGUAAAAGCUCUGGUCGACCUUAUAUACAAGUGGUCACAGUCUAGUUGCGGUGAAGGAGUCUUGGAACGGGCAGCCGGUGCAUUGGCAAAUCUUGCAGCAGAUGAGAAAUGCAGCACUGCAGUUGCUUCCAUGGGUGGUGUACAUGCUUUAGUGACACUAGCUCGGAAUUGCAAAAUCGAAGGAGUUCAAGAGCAGGCAGCUCGAGCUUUGGCGAAUUUAGCUGCGCAUGGUGAUAGCAAUAGUAACAAUACAGCCGUAGGAAAAGAGGCAGGUGCAAUUGAUGCUCUUGUGCAACUUACUCGCGCACCUCAUGAUGGUGUUAGGCAAGAAGCUGCGGGUGCAUUAUGGAAUUUAUCAUUUCACGACAGAAAUCGAGAAGCGAUUGCCACAGCUGGCGGAGUUGAGGCAUUGGUUGCUUUAGCACAUUCGUGCUCAAAUGCCUCACAUGGCCUCCAAGAGAGAGCUGCGGGUGCUCUUUGGGGAUUGUCUGUGUCAGAAGCAAAUAGCAUUGCUAUUGGUCGAGAAGGAGGCGUGGCCCCACUAAUAGCGUUGGCUCGAUCAAAUGCUGUGGAUGUGCACGAGACAGCUGCAGGGGCUCUUUGGAAUCUUGCGUUCAAUUCCGGAAAUGCCCUUCGCAUUGUAGAAGAAGGAGGUGUUCCUGCCCUAGUACAUCUUUGUUCUUCGUCUUUAUCGAAAAUGGCACGUUUUAUGUCUGCAUUAGCACUUUCCUACAUGUUUGAUGGAAGAAUGGACGAUAUUGCCCCUACAGGAACAACGUCGACUGAGGGCACUUCCAAGAGUGUGAACCUAGAUGGGGCUAGAAGAAUGGCACUGAAAAAUAUCGAAGCUUUUGUUAUGACAUUUUCUGAUAUUCGAGCAUUUUCUGCCGCUGCUGCUUCAGUGGGUCCUGCUGCGUUAACUCAUGUAACGGAAUCUGCUCGUAUCGAAGAAGCAGGUCAUCUGAGAUGCAGUGGAGCUGAAAUCGGAAGAUUCGUUGCUAUGCUACGAAACCCUAAUCCUACACUGAAAUCGUGUGCUGCAUUUGCUCUUCUUCAGUUCACAAUCCCGGGGGGACGGCAUGCGAUGCACCACGUAGGGCUUCUCCAGAAGGCUGCAGCUCCACGGUUGUUGCGUGUGGCUGCGGCAGCCGCAGGUGCACCGAUAGAGGCCAAGAUAUUUUCUCGCAUUGUUCUUCGUAAUUUGGAGCAGCAUCAGUCUUGAAUCUUAGGUCGGAAUAUACAUAAAUUAUAUCUCGAGAAACGGGGGUCUCGUCUCGUAUAUAAAUUGAAGGCCGGUCCCAGUGAAGGUUUUUGGUUUGAUAUAUAUAUAUUUUUUUAGUUACAUUUUUUUUAGCCUGAACUCUGUUUUGCUGAGUUUUUUUCUUUUUUGAGUCUUUGGUUUUUCUGAUGCUGACGUGGAGUUGUUAAAGAUUUAGCUUUUGAGCUUUGUGGGAAUGUCAAAGCAAUUGGCUCUUGCUUAAGUUAGCAAUUAAGCAGAUAUUCAGAGUAUGUUUGGCUAAGCUUAUAAGUUGUUCAAAAUAUGUUAUAAGAUGUUUAAUAACUUAUAA